UGAAGAGUUGAAGUAGUUCACCAGAAAUAUUGAGGUUAUCGUUUUCCGUUUUCGUGUUUCGCAGUUUUCAUUUUUCGUCGGCGUCGCCAUUUCUCUUUUGUAAGCGUGUUGAUUAGUUUUAAAUCAUACCUAUUCGUAAUUUGGCAAAAUGGAUAUUCGCCCAAAUAACACAAUCUAUAUCAACAAUCUCAACGAGAAAGUGAAGAAAGAAGAACUCAAGAAGUCUAUAUACGCCAUAUUUUCCCAAUUCGGCCAAAUCAUUGAUAUAGUCGCUAUGAAAACGCUAAAGAUGCGUGGCCAAGCCUUUGUAAUUUUCAAGGAAAUCCAAAGCUCCACUAAUGCUUUGAGGUCCAUGCAGGGUUUUCCAUUUUAUGAUAAACCAAUGCGCAUCCAGUAUGCUAAACAGGAUUCGGACAUAAUUUCAAAGUUGAAGGGUACCUUCCAAGAGAGACCUAAGAAGGUUAGGUUGCAGCCUUCAAGUACUGAAGACUUACCACGAAAGAAGAAGAAGAACAAGGACCCCAACAGAGUUCCAGGUGGAGCAAAUGCUGAGCAACCACCCAACCAGAUUCUGUUCCUCACAAAUUUGCCUGAUGAGACAAGUGAAAUGAUGUUGUCUAUGCUGUUCAACCAAUUCCCAGGUUUCAAAGAGGUGAGGCUAGUUCCAAACAGACAUGACAUUGCUUUUGUGGAAUUUGAGAAUGAAAUGCAAUCAGGGGCAGCUAAAGAUGCUCUCCAAGGUUUCAAGAUCACUCCUACACAUGCUAUGAAGAUUUCAUUUGCCAAAAAAUAAGACAGGAAUAAUUAUUCUUCCAUCAAUCAUGAAUGCUUAUUAAUUUGUCACCAUCAAUUAUUAGGGUACUGUGAAAGUGUGAACUUUAUCAAGUGGAAAUGUCAUGUGAGAUUGUUUGUUCAAUUUGAUUAUCAUUGUUCUUGAAUCAAGAAUAAUAUCAUUAGCCAAAAAAUUUAAACAAACAAUUGGUUAGUUGGUAUUCUGUUUGAUUGAUUUUUAUUGAUUGCUGAUCAAUUUGUCAGCAUUAAUUUGAUUGAAGUGAAAGUGUGAAAAACAGGUGGAAAUUUGAAUAAAGUUUUGUCAU